AUGUCUCAUAAUCCAUAUAAUCAGCCCUUAAUAUCUGAUAAUACAUACGCAAAUGGAAAUCCUCAGCAACCAUAUCAGGGAGGACAGCAAUAUGCCGCUCCACAACAAUAUCCUCCACCACCAGGAUAUCAGCAACCCCCACCACAAGCCUCUGGUCAAGGAUAUUCCUAUGAUCCAUACCACAUUCAGUACAAUCCAAAUGUUACAGUUCAGGAUUGGAAGAACGUUCCAAAUGAUCAAUCUCAAUACUCCUACUACUGGUCUCAGCCAGAUAGUUUCCAGCCAGAAACAUUUGCUAGAAACACUCAGCCAGAGAAAUCAAAGAAGCAAUGGAACGAUCUUUUCUGGAAUAUCUUCUUCUGGGUCAACUUCGUAGCCACAAUUGCCUUGGCUGCAUUCAUUGGCUAUUCCGUUUACAAGAAUGUCAAUGACAAAUCAAGAAAUUCUGCAGAAGACAAAGAAGAAAUGACAAAACAAACUUUCAUGAGAGAUUUCGGAAUUGGUGUCGGUGUUGGCGUUGCUCUUAACAUUAUUCACUUCGUUUACGCUUCAUAUGCUCCACUUAUUUACAUCAAACUCGGACUUUGGAUCGGUGUCAUCUUAGCUGUCAUAUUGGCUCUCAUUCCAUACUUCGCAUUCAAGGUUUACUACUUCUUCAUCUACCCAGCCUUCUUCUUAAUCAUCUCCAUCGUUGUUUUCUGCAUGAUGUACAGAUACAUUCCAUUCUCUGCCGCUGUUCUUCAGAAGACAUGCUGGAUUAUCCGCCACUACCCAUCCAUCAUCAUGAUUUGCAUCUUCCAGUUCUUCCUUAACAUCAUCAUCUGCUCAAUCUUCUCUGUUCUUGUUGUUGGCAUUGCCUACCUCAAGUGGAGCUACGCCAUCUACGUUUACGUACUUUUCUCCUUCUACUGGACAAUUACGACCCUCGGAUACGUUAUUUACAUGACAGGAGCCGGCCUUGCUUCAUCAUGGUACUUCCUUUACGACACACCAUACUUCCCAAGACAUCCAACAUGGGAAUCCUUCAAGAGAGCAAUGACAACAUCUUUCGGAUCUGCUUCUCUCGCUGGUUUCUUACUUGCUGUCGUUGAAACACUCAAGGCAAUCAUCGAACAGAGAACAGACGAUAUCUUUACAGCCAUUUUCCAGUGCAUCGCCCUUUGCAUCCUUUCUUGCCUUGAAUGCUUGAUCAAAUGGCUCAACAGGUACGCUCUUAUCUACUGCGCUACAUUCGGUGUUCCUUACGUCGAAGCUUGCAGACGUUGGGCUGAACUUUCCUGCAAGAAAUUCGCUGAUGUCAUCUUAUCCGGAUGCUGCAUCUCAAAGGCCGUCGGAUUCAACAUGUUCACAUUCAUCAUUGGAGGUGGCCUCGUCGGUUUCGGACUUGGUUACAUGUUCGACGCAAAAGGAUACUAUAUUCACGCAAUUGCCACUUGUGUCAUCGCAUUCUUCCUCACAGUUUGCGGAUUCGGUGUUCUUGAGCAGCCACUCCUUACAAUUUCUGAUACAAUCAUCGUUUGCUUCGCUGAAUGCCCAGAAAGACUUUCAACAUCAGCUCACGACCUUUACGAUGCAAUGUGCGAGGCUUACGGAAGCAACUUGAGAUACAAUGCUGGAAAGUUGCAAAAGAAACAAAACAAAAAGAAAUAA